GAUGUGCUGGGCACGUACAACACACACCACCAACUGCCAGAACCGUUUUUAUUUGACGCGGGCGAUAUCGCCCUAUGCCUACAGAUUCCCCUCCAAACCCCCCUCCCGUUCUCUCUACGCCAUAGCGCGCGCACACUCUCUUUCUAUCUACAUAUAUAAAUAAAUAUAUAAUAUUGCCCUACAAAUCUCUCUGAAAGUCUCUUCUUCUGAGAGGCCACCGGAAAAUGGACCCAGCCGGCGAAGUCAUAGAGAACGGCAACGCCGAGCCUCGAUCGGCUCUGAUCUUUCUCGGCACUGGUUGUUCAAGCGCAGUCCCUAAUGCGAUGUGCCUGAUCCAACCAUCCGAUCCUCCCUGCCAACUUUGCUUCCAGUCAUUGUCGGUGCCGCCGGAGCGGAAUCCAAAUUACAGGUGCAACACGUCUCUUCUGAUUGAUUAUUGUGGGAGAGAUGAUGAACACAGAUAUAUAUUGAUUGAUGUUGGAAAGACGUUCAGGGAGCAAGUACUUCGGUGGUUCACUUUCCAUAAGAUUCCGCGGGUUGAUUCAAUUGUUUUGACUCAUGAACAUGCUGAUGCAGUUCUUGGUCUGGAUGAUGUACGUGCUGUGCAGCCAUUUAGUCCUACAAAUGACAUUGACCCCACGCCCAUUUACCUCACUCAGGAUGCUAUGGACAGCAUCGGUGUGAAGUUUCCUUACUUGGUUCAGAAAAAACUAAAGGCAGGCCAGGAAGUGAGACGAGUAGCCCAGCUUGACUGGACAAUAAUCGAGAAUGAUUGUGAGAAGCCAUUUGUUGCAUCAGGACUAGAACUUAUUCCUUUGCCUGUGAUGCACGGUGAAGAUUAUAUUUCUUCGGGAUUUCUUUUUGGUGAAAAAUGUAGGGUAGCUUAUAUAUCUGAUGUUUCACGCUUCCUUCCAACCACUGAGCAUUAUAUUUCAAAAAGUGGUGGUAAACAGUUGGAUCUCCUUAUCUUGGACACACUUUAUAAGGCACAUGUUGCUUUUGCUAAAAUUACAGAGAAUAUAUGUCUUCAGACUCUUGAAGCUGUGAAGAAGUUAUGCCCAAAGCGAGCUUUGUUAAUUGGAAUGACCCAUGAGUUUGAUCACCACAGGGACAAUGAAUUUCUUAUGGAAUGGUCUAGAAGAGAAGGAAUCCCCGUUCAGCUUGCACAUGAUGGGUUGAGGAUCCCCAUAGACCUUUAAUGUGGUUUAUACAUGAGCCAUGAAUGCGGCCAGAAUUUACUUGAUUGUUUCUACUUCUUCUUCUUCUUCCCCAUUUUGGUAGGAGGAGGGAAAAUGACACAGUAAUGUUGAUGUGUAACUUCUUAUAGCUUCAGCAAAUCCGAUUUUUGAAAUUGAAACAAAUGCAAAGCUAUAGGGCAGAAAGAUGGUGUACAAUGUGUACAACAUGGUAGAAAAUUUAGCUUGGAGUAGUCUGCUGGUUCAAUGUGUUACACACCUUUUAGUUUCCCUCUAAUUUUAUAUUAAAAUGAGAAGACUAUGAUUUCGCUCGAGGGAAUAUGUAAUAUAUUGUCAAACAAUUGUCCUUUGUCUUGCAUUGAACUAGAAAGUGGUUUGAAAUGGAUUACAAUGAGAUCAAUAUACUAGGAGGAAAUGCCUUGUUCUAUGGCCUA